CAACGAAUGACAACACGUUGUGAUUGUUGUAUUCAUUGACAACAACUCAACCCUCUGUUGACACACAGUUUGCACUUCAAUUGUCACUUGAAUUGGUCCGAAAUAAUGGUCAAACUCUACUACAUAUCAGUGCUCCACAAGAAUGACAACAAUCGGGUCAUUAACUUGAAUUCGGCGUCAGAGCUGUCGUCGUUUGGCUUCUAUCAGAGGAAUAGUGUCCUCGAGUUCAUGAAAUUCACGGCCAAAGUAUGCGUCGAGCGGUCGGUAAAGGCCACGCGAUUUUCUAUUAAACAACAGGAGUAUUUGUGUCACGUUUACGUGCGAUCGGAUGGCCUGUCGGGAGUGAUAAUCUCGGACCACGAGUACCCGCAUCGAGUGGCGCACACCCUCUGCGGCCGAGUGUUGGCCGAGUUCGCCGAAACGGUUCCCUCGCAUUCCUGGCCGACCACUCUUGACAAUUCGGCGCCGUUCACAGCUCUGGAGCCGUAUUUAACUAAAUACCAGAACCCGAGAGAAACGGACGCUAUGACUACAAUACGGGAAGAUUUGGAUGAGACAAAGAUUAUAGUCCACAACACGAUUACAAGUAUCCUUCAAAGGGGCGAACAGUUGGACACUUUGGUGUCUAAGUCUGAAGACCUGAGCUCUCAGAGCAAAGUGUUCUACAAGACUGCCCGCAAAACCAACCAAUGCUGUCAUUUGUUAUAA